AGAACAUAUUUUUAAAAAUGGCGUGGUUGUUUCUUUUUCGAUUUUUGAAUAAAGAUUGUUAUAGACAGUGAACGAGAAAGUGAAAAUAUAUAUGUUGGAUGGGAAACAGGAAGAUGUCUCUGACAGUGAAGGUACUCUGUUUACAACCGUGAAGAAAUCUUCACCCCAAAGUUCAAACCAUGAGUCUGGAUUCCAUCUUCAGAAGUGCUCGGUUCCACUCUGUAGAUGUGAUGAUGAACAAACAGUUACCCAGCCUCUGUCGUCUGAGUCAGAUUCCAGUGUCCAACUGCCUGGUACGAGACACAGAAGUAAAAUGAGCACUCAGACGAAGAAUUUCCCUUUAGUGUUAAGCGAUGAGUCCACUGAUGAUGAUGAUUAUAUCAUUAUUGAUUUAGAUGACUCACUGGAAGAUGCAGGUAGCAGUAAUAAGGAGGACGUAUGUGUGAAGGAGGACAAUGAUUCCCAUAGCACAAACACUGAUGAAGGAAGACCUGCUACCGACAUGACCAGCAGUACCACUUCUGGUGGCCAGUGGCUGUCUAAAGCCACUCAACACCAGAAGACAUCAGGCUUAGUUGAAAACCAUGCACCCACUUUCACGCCUCCAAAACAAAAAGUACACAACUCUGACAACAAGGCCAUAAAUGUGGUGAGCAACGUGGAAGACGAGCUACUGCCAGUGCAGCAUUGUUCAAAGGAUCAUGUAGGUCUGACCAGUGGUGAGGAGAGCUCGAAACCAUUGCCGAGAAAAAACAAUCUUUCUUCAGAAAGAGAAAGCAAAACGGCUCGUUCUGGUUUAAGUUCAAAGCCGUUACCAUCGAAAGAUACUUGUUCCAAAAGCAUAAUCAAAUCGCCAUGUUCAAUUUUUGAGAGAAUGUCUCAGCAGUCGUGUGGGAGAAGCAAAAGGAACAUGGCAGAAGAUUCUGAAGCAAUGUUUACACAGAACACACAGUCUUUCGGUGAUGACCUACCCACUUUGAAGUGGCCCAAGCUGCGGAAUGAGCGUAGAAGGUCAUCUCAGGUGUUGAAGAAAGCUUCUGAGACCAAAUGUGUGGAAGCAGAAAGCUCUGAUAGCGAUGUCCCUUUAGAUGCCUUAUUAGAAAGCAUUACUAACAUUAUUAAUCCAAAUGCUCAUCCUCACUCUACUGAAACAAAACAAUCUCCACCUAGAAAAACAUUGGUUGUUAAUAAAGGCGGUCAAAGUGGCCGAAGAAAGAAAAGAACAGUGAAAAAACGUUCUAGUAAAAAGAAAUCGCACAUGCUGCAGGAUGAUGAUUUUGUACUUGAAAGUGAAAGUUCUAGUAGUGAAUCAGCUAACACGGUGCUGAGUGACGUUUCCACUGACAAAGAAUUAGUUGCAGGAAGUUAUCACAAAUGGGAUGUUUUGAAAAACCCCACUGUUACUGAGGCAGGUAAUAAUGGGUCGAUUGUAAGUACAGAAUCUGAUAGUGUUUCUGAAGGUGACGAUUAUUCUAUUAUUGACACGCCACCACGUUCCAAAGAGAAAAAUAUUUUUUCAGCAUUUUGUUUAAAUAAGCAAGCUGGUGAAUCUUCAAGCAAAUCUAAAGGUCAUAGAAAUAGUGAGAAAGUCAUUUCCAAACAUGGAAAUAAAAAUUGUGCAAAACAUGAGAAAAAACUAAAGGGAUGUACAGAAGAAUGUGUCACCACAGUGCCUACUGACAACCGUGGUUUUAUGGGCAAAUUAUUUAAAGUGCAAAAUAAAAUGAAGUCACAACAAAAUCAGCUAUUAAGAAAAAUAAGCUCUAAAGAAUCUUCAGUAUUUUUAAAUGAUGAUACUCUGGAACGUAAUGUAAAUCAGAGUAGGUGUGCUUCCAAGAAAAUAAAAGUGAUCGGUAUGGAAUCUGACUUUGAUAGUGAUGCUGACACCCAGGACCCAAUGGAUUUCAACCAGAUAGAACGAUCAGAAACCGCUUUAGCAAAGACCAAGGUUGUGUGUGAAUCUCAUGUCGAUGAUGAUGAUGAUGACAUACAGGAGCCACAGCUGUGCAUGGAUUUCACAGAUGAUAUUGAAGAUGAAACACAGGAUCCAUCCCAGUAUCCAAAUCAGGAUGCUGUCUUUACAGAAUGUAAGGUCCAACACAAUGGUGCUGAUGCAGAAGUUGACAAAGGUGUUGCAAAUACUGAUGAAGUAGACUCGGUGGCUGCUCACAUUAAGACUGAACCAGUAACUGAUCAUGAACAAGAUGCAGAAGACAAGAAUUUUGGUUACACUCAAGAGGACGACUGUAUUUAUAUCUGCGACAGCUCUGAUGAAGAGGAACUGCAGAAUUUUUCACAGACGACCUUCAAAGCAUCCACACAUUCCGAUUCCGAUUCAGAUGAUCUAAUCUUUUUGGACUAUUUUGAUGGUGAUGAGAUUCUGGGGUCUGUCCAUGUGAAGCAGGAACCAAUGGAAGAUGAAGCUGAUCGCAUGUAUUUAGAAGACACUCAGAUUGACCAUAAUGACAAUUACAGCAGUGCAUGUGUUCGUGGUGAUGCAUCUGAUGACAGACAUGAGCCAUCUGGUUAUGCUGGGAUUGGUUCCACUGCAUACACUGCUGCAACACAGGUUGAUGGUGUGCCCACAGACUUACAUGAAACAGGGCCGAGUAGCAUUUCUGAUGAUGAUGAUGUCUACAGUGCUAUGACACAAAUAAUGCCUGAAGACAUUAGAAGUGUGAAAACGGUUCCUAUGACAGUUGCAGUAGAACCUACAUGGGAUUUAGAUGUUGAUCCAUACCAGCUGGCUACUCAAGUUGAUAGAGACGAAUUAUCUAAAGAUUUACAAGUUGACUAUAAAUAUAGCAAUCGUAAUGUUACAAAACAAGCUGGAGCUCAAAACAAAGUGCAGUCAGACUGCAGAUCAUUUGAGAGAAAUGAAAAUCUUGAAGAUCCUUUUCAUUGUGCAACACAAAUUGAUCAUCACAGACCUUCAAAAAGGAAACUGGGAGACAUAGAGGAUGAUGAUGAUUGUUACAAUGCUAGGACUCAGGUCCAGUCAACAGGUAAACCUGACCAUACUUCAUUAAAACAGUCACGAUUAGACUCGUACUGUGCUGACACUCAAGUUGACAGUGUUUACCAAGGAGAAACCCAAGUGGAUGAGCCACGACAUAGAGAUAGUUCUUCCAGAGUAGAGUCAGACAUAUAUCAGGUAGGUCCUGAGCAGGCUGUCGAUGAAAUAUCUGAUGAUGAUGACAUGAUAGUAAUGUAUGAUGAAAACAGACACAGAGAAAAGACCCCAUCAUUCAAAGAACAUGGUUUUGAUGAUAGUGACGAAGACUUGUUUAAUGCAGCCACACAAAUUGAUCAAACUCUCUGUAGAACUGAAAACGUGAAUGGUGACCAGGUUAAAGGGCCCAAGCACACGUUGCAGAAGUUAAAUGCUGACAGAGUUGCAUUGCCAGUGUCCAGUGGAAAUGAAGAUGCUGAAAUGUUGUCGGAAGAAGAUGAUGACCUGUUUAAUGCAUUGACACAGUACGAUCAAGGGUUAAAGCCUGGGACCUCGGAUGAGGCAGCAAAAUUGGAAAAUAAAAUUGCACAAGAAACUAUUGAUGAUGCAUACAAUUAUGAAACACAGAUUGACUUGCCUUCAGACAACGAUUCUGUUAACAAGCAACAUAAAGAUGAUGAUAAUGAUAUGGACAAGUAUCUCUGUGCCACACAGGUUGAUCCAGGGCCAUUAACUAAGUCUGGCUUUGAUGAUGAUAGUGAUUCAUUACCUGAAUUAGAAGACGUUAAUUUGGACGACAUUCCUGUGGAUCCAAUGCAUUUCCCGGACAAAGAAGAUAAACCACUGAACAAACAUAUACGAGUCAACAGUGGUGAAAAGCUAACAACUGCAAGUGCACUAAGAACGACUUUGACAGAAAUAAAGCAAAAGAUGAGUAAAAAAAGAACGUUACUGGUAACACCUCCUCAGAAACUUAAGAGUAAACAAGAAAUGAGACACGGUGCUGUAAUUGUCAAACCUCCAUCGAUGUCUUUCACGAGUUCUGUGUCCAACAUUACCACUGUAGACCAGUGGUUAUCAAAGUCGAGUGCUCCAGCAGUUAAGACGAAAGAACACAACAAAAAGAGAAAGAAGAGCGGAGAGGAAGAGGUUUCUCUCACUCAGAAAUUCAUAGAGGCCAGGGAACAGCUCAAGAACAGACAGAAGCUGCCAGCUGAGAAAGUUCCAGCUACUGCAACCAAGCACACAAGAAAAUCUACAGAUGCUCGUUCUGACUGCUCUGAUGUAAAGCUACCAGAUGCCGAGGAGAUUCUGGCCAAAGGUCUUCCACUGCUUUCUGCCAAUGUGCCAGUGGAUAAGCUGUACAGACACAGGAAUACCUCUGGCCCCGAUGAAGUCGGCAAGGAACAAGAUUCACAUCCUGUUAAAUCUAGACCUUCACAGAGAUUCGCCUCCAGAACAGCAAGGAUGGCACAUUCUAUGCUGGAUACGGAAACAGCUUCCGUCAGUGUGGAAGACAAUAAAAGGCUGGCUGGAAGUGAGCAUGCCUCAGUGUCGGCAGAUAGUGGUAUCGACGACAUUAACUUUCUGUUCGGGGAUGGCGCUGAAACCACUAGCUCAGUGAACAGUUCUAACACAAGUAACUUGAAAAGUUUUAAGGAUGGUAGUGCUGUAGUAGUCGAAAAAGAGUUGAGCAAGUCAUCUGUCACUGACAAAGUUUGUACUUCAAAGGUGGUUAGUAAAUCUACGCAUGGCUCAUCCAGUUCCUUCAGAAGGCAGCAUUCUCAGUCGUCAGGAGGUGAUGUCCACAAAAGCAGUUCCUGUCAUUCGGAGGUCCCGUCUAUCAAAGUCAAAGAGGUUUCAACUUGUGAACGUCCUUCAAGUUCUAAAUUGGAGGAUUCAUCUAGUAAAAGAUCUGAAGCAGAUGUCUCGUCUGUUAAAAGUUCUUCAGGUUCUAGGAGUAAACAUUCAUCUGGACACAGCUAUGCAGGACAGAGUCACAAGGAUAAAUUACACAAGAAGAGUGAUGCAGUCCAUGAUGAUCAUAAAUCCAAGGUAUCUAAUUCUAUGAAACGCAGUACCAAACCACACGGCACAGCAUCAACAGGCAAAGCAGAAACAACAAAAGACAUUUCAAGUAGUAGAGAAUCGCAUUCAAAGCAGAAGACAGAUCGUGAAAAGACAUCACAUUCAAAGCAAAUGCCACAUCACAAAAAGGACAUUUCAAGUAGUAGAGAAUCAUAUUCGAAGCAUGGGACAAAUCGUGAAAAGGUGUUACAUCCAAAGGAAAAAACUAAUCAUGAAAAGGAGUCUCAUUCAAAGAAAACAACAAAUCAUGAAAAGAUGUCUCAUUCAAAGGAAAUAACAAAUCAUGAUUCAGUAUCACAUUCAAAGAAAACUACAAAUUUGGAAAAGGUGUCACUUUCAAAGGAAACAACAAAUCAUGAAAAAAUAUCAUCUAUUUCAAAGCACAAGAAGCAUCAUGAGAAGACCCCAUCACAUUCAAAGCAGGCGACAAAUGACAUGUUAUCAUCAGACUCGAAGCAAAAGACAAAUCAUGAAAAGCGUACACAGUCAGAACCAAAGACAAAUCAUGAAAAGCGUACACAGUCAGAACCAAUGACAAAUCAUGAAAUGGUAUCAUCACAUUCAAAACAAAAUAAAAAUGACAAAAACAUAUCACAUUCAAAACAAAAUAAAAAUGACGAAAACGUAUCACAUUCAAAACAAAAUAAAAAUGAUGAAAACGUUUCACGUUCAAAACAAAAUACAAACGAUGACACGGUAGCAUCGCAUAUAGUGGCAAGUGUAACCUCUACAUCCAGUUUGAAGGAUUCAAAAUCUCUGAAACGAUCACUUUCCACAGAUAAAAAUUCCCCGUGUGUGAAAACACCUGUGUCUGCGGUACCACCUGUUGGUGGCUCGUCAGCUGUGAUUGGACAGAGUAAACCUCCACAAAAGAAACAGAAAAGGGUGACCUUUGAUUUAGUUGGAGCGAUCACAUCACUGUCUGGCAUACUGCCAAAACAGGCAGAGGCAACAGCCAGUACAAGUCACGCUACUGGGGUGAUUAAACAUUCAAUAGAAGACUACAGGAACAGAAUGUUAAAGCCUCAGCCUCCACCACCACCACCUGACACAAGGGAGCCAUUGACUCCGGUCAGACAAUGGAGUUUUGCUGGGCAUGAGGACAACAUCAUGCAGCCGGUAAAACCUGUGACCAAACCAACAUCAGAAAGGGCUCCUGGUGAAAAAGGAAAGCUCAUGGACUUCCAGCAUUUCCAGUCUCGUAUUCUGUGUUGGAACCCGAUCUGGUUGACAGAGCAAGACAAACCGCAAAAUGCCAACUGUCCUCCCCCUGUGUUGAAGCCCUCAGAGAAGGUGUAUCCACUGCUGGAGAGCUACAAGAGCAUUGAGGAAUACCAGUUGAUCAUGGCCAAUCUCCUGUUCUUGGAGACUUGGGCAAUGGUUUCAAAAGAAUGGCGUGAAAAGAAAGAUAGGUUAACAACAGGACAAGCCAUUUGCUACUCAAUGAACAAAGUUCCUAAGCAAGAAUUGUUAGAUUUUAAUUUUGUGGGUGUUUUGACAAGAGAACAAGUCCAGCGUCGCCAGUACCCCAUCGAGGGGGAUCUGAUUACCAUGGACCUUUGGGUGACUUGGCUUCAGAGCUGCAAUAUAAAGCCUGAAGGCAACAAAGGACCGGUCAUGUAUGAGCAGAUGGGUUGCAUUGAGCACAGUAACAUUAGACCGAUGAAAGAUGCCACACCGUUCUUUCAGACAUACCCGCAGCUCAAACCAAACCGGUGCAGUAAAACUCAAUAUUUUAAACUGGACAUGAAAAUUUGUUGCCGAAGCAGAAAGUGCAAACCACAGCCUGAAAAACCAAUGCAAUAUAAGGUACUCUGCUCCAUUUCGUCAGAAAAGAGAAGAUUUGUUGCACUGGCAUCUUUACCCCGCAGUCCUCUCAGAAACCACAUCCUGGACCCGACUGCGGAUGAGGUGUUCUUUCACCGAGUGCCUCCGAAUACUUCUCCAAAGCCUUACUUCAAUCCAUCGCAGUACCAUGCUAUAGAAGCCAUCUGUGCGUCAGUACGAGAGCCCAUGGAUAAGCCAAAGAUAUGCAUAUUGCAGGGACCUCCUGGCACUGGGAAGACCUACACCAUCAUAGGUCUUAUCAGCCAGAUUGUAAAGGAGACAAGCCGCCCUGUGUGUCUGGUGACUCCAUCCAAUGGAGCAGCUGAUGAGCUCAUGAGACGCCUGAUCGACUUCAGAAAGAAAAUCAUUCAAAAAGGAGAUAAAAAGAAUGCUUUGCGUUUGGUUCGCAUUGGAAAUAAAGACAGCAUCCAGGAUGAGGUGAAGGAAUUUUGCUUGGAUGAACUGGUACGCAAGAAUAUAAAACGAGAACAACUGAUACGAGAUCAGUCCACAGAACCAGAAAGUGUCGCCUUUCGUGUAAAACAACUCCAACAGAGGAUUGCCGAGUGCAGAAAACACCAUCUAGUGUUUCAGAACCAGAAUGAGACAACCAAGGCGGACAGAUGCAGGUAUGAACUGCGAAAACUGCAGAAUGAUCUAGAUUUAAUUCAAAGUCAGAGGUCACCUAAUACAGCCAACCUUGUGUCUUUGACCCUGCAAGAGGAGUACAAGAUUCGUCAAAACAUUAUGUUCAAGGCCCACGUCAUCUGUGGAACACUCAGCAGCUUUGGCAGCCAGAGGAUUGUAAAGUUGUUUCAGUGUGACAGAGACAGAAAACAGGCACCAUUCCAGUGCAUCAUAAUAGACGAGGCUACACAAGCAAGCGAGCUGGAUUGCCUGAUCCCAUUACAGUAUGGAACCAGCAAGCUUAUUCUUGUUGGAGAUCCUGAACAACUCCCACCCACAGUCAUUUCACAGGAAGCUGAAAAGCUGAAGUUCGGUCAGUCUCUGUUUGAGAGAUUUCACAGUUACUUCAAACAUGCCGACAGCAAUGCUGUCAUAUUGCUGGACACACAGUACCGCAUGGACCCUGCCAUUCUGCACUUUCCCAACCAGUUUGUGUAUCAUGGUUUACUCAAAACAGACCCGUCUGUCAUUCUGAAGACCCAGAAGUUUCCCCUGUUUCCAUACCUGGUAUUUGACAUGAAACUUGGACAGGAAGAGUGUUCGCAGUUGUCAGGAUCAAAGAAUAACCCCCUGGAGGCUCAGUUUACUGCUGUGUUGUGCAAGACGAUCCUGGAACGCAAGUCGAUAACGCCAGAUAAAAUUGGUAUAAUCUGCCCCUACCAGAGUCAAAGAGCACUUAUUUUUGAGCACUUGAGAAAAUGUGGUCUGAGCAAUAUUGAGGUCGGUACAGUGGAUGGGUUCCAGGGAAGAGAAAACCACAUCAUAAUCAUGUCUUGUGUGCGGGCUAGAAGUAGCUCAGGUGGGAUUGGAUUUCUUGCCGAUCAUCGCCGAAUGAAUGUGGCCAUGACACGAGCCAAGUAUGCAUUCUUUGUAAUUGCUCAUCUCGACUCGUUAAAGGCAGCAGAUAACUGGCGAUCUAUGAUCAAGGAUGCAAGAGAAAGAAACCUGAUUUUGGAUGUCACUGCAAUGUCCGACUUCACAAAAAUAACCAGACGCUGUUUUAAAGGAAGGGACAAUCAAGACAUUUGACCUGAUGAUGACGAUUAACUGGAUUAAAAUUAAAGCAGAACAUUACAAAUUAAUCUUGUGAUCAGUUUUAACUGCUGGAUGUGGUUUGCUGAACAUGCUGGAACGAGCACCACGUGCUGUGUUUAUAAGCGGGACUAUUUAUAUCAUGUGUCAUAUCCAUUUUAUAGACUGUAGUUAUAAAAUCCAUUAUAGGUUUUCAACGAUGAACACUGCCAGUGUUUAUUUUAAGUUAUUAGUCUAUGUUCUGUCCACUCUUUUUAAAAAAUAGUCAACUGUUUUGUAUUUUUCCUCUUUUAAAGAAAAGAAAAUUUGAGGGGGACAUACAUGCAAUAGGAGAAAUGCAAAGCUAUAUAAUUUUAAUAUACAGUGGACUCUGUCUAAACCGGAUUCUGUGUAAUCUGGAUCUGUCCAUUUCUAAAGCCCCGUCCAGCUCCCGUUAGCUCUUAGGUAUAAAUCUCUGCCUAAUCCGU